AUGGAUCAAGGGCAGUACGAGGCUCUGAAAGAUCAGUGGGCGGAGAUUGAGGAUAGAGAUGGGGUGAGAUUGAGUUGGAACACUUUCCCAAGCACGCGCAUGGAAGCAUCUCGCCUUGUGGUUCCUGUAGGCGCAUGUUUGACUCCUCUCAAGCCACUCAGCAAUCAACUGCUUCAGUAUGACCCAGUCGUGUGCAGAGCACCUUGCAAGGCUGUCCUCAAUCCUUUCUGUAAUGUCGAUGUACGAGCGAAGAUCUGGAUCUGUCCUUUUUGCCUGCAGCGAAAUGCCCUCCCACGCCAUUAUGCUGAUAUUUCCGCCGAGAACGUACCACCAGAGAUGCACAGCAUGAAUACAACUGUCGAAUACAGGUUACCUCGUCCAGCCCCAGCUCCUCCAAUAUUUGUCUAUGUGGUAGACACUUGUCAAGAAGAGGACAGCCUGCAAGCGCUAAAAGAGACCUUGGUUAUGAGUCUAUCACUGUUACCUGCAAAUGCGCUUGUUGGUCUGGUUACCUUUGGCACCAAUGUAGCAGUUCAUGAGAUUGGCUACACUGAGUGCUCAAAAUCAUAUGUCUUCAGAGGCAGCAAGGACUACCCUGCGAAGCAGGUACAAGAAAUGCUGGGUUUAGCUGCGCCAGGCUUGCGACCAAAUAUGCCACCACAGCAAGGACGGCCACCACCUCCUAUGGGACCUGCUGCACGGUUCCUGCUACCAGUUCAACAAGCUGAAUUUCAAAUUACCAAUGCGCUCGAACAAAUGCAGAAAGAUCCUUGGCCAGUAGCCAACGACAGGAGAGCCCUUAGGUCAACUGGCGUAGCCUUGAGUGUUGCCGUUGGCUUGUUGGAGACCUCCUUCCAAAAUGCCGGUGCACGCAUCAUGCUGUUUGCUGGUGGUCCAGCUACAGAAGGUCCUGGUAUGGUUGUUGGCCCAGAGCUUCGAGAACCAAUCCGUUCGCACCACGAUAUCGACAGAGACAACGUGAAAUAUUUCAAAAAAGCAGCAAAGUUCUACGACACUUUGUCCAAACGUACAGCUCAUAACGGACACGUUAUCGAUAUUUUCGCUGGUUGUCUGGACCAGGUUGGCUUACUUGAGAUGAAAAGCUUGGCCAAUUCCACUGGAGGGCAUAUGAUCCUUACAGAUAGCUUUACCUCUUCACAGUUCAAGCAAUCGUUCAUUCGGGUGUUUGAGAAGGAUGAGAAUGACAACCUGCUCAUGGGUUUCAAUGCUUCUCUCGAGGUUGUGACCACGAAAGAGCUCAAAGUGACCGGCCUCAUUGGCCAUGCAGUGUCACUGAACAAGAAAUCAAGCGCCGUUGGGGAGACCGAAUGCGGCAUUGGUAAUACCUCUGCAUGGAAAAUGUGUGGUAUAGAUCCCACAGCUAGUUAUGGUGUCUACUUUGAGAUCGCCAAUCAAGGAGGACCAGUACCGGUCCAGCAAGGCACUCAGCGUGGCAUGAUGCAAUUUUUGACCUACUAUCAACACUCCUCGGGCCAGUAUCACCUAAGAGUCACGACGGUUGCUCGAAAUCUCAGUGGACCAGCUGGCGAUCCUGCUCUAGCACAAUCUUUCGACCAGGAAGCAGCUGCAGUACUCAUGGCACGCAUUGCAGUGUUCAAAGCUGAGGUCGAUGAUGGCCCGGAUGUGCUGCGUUGGGUUGACAGAAUGCUAAUCAGACUCUGCUCGAGAUUCGCCGACUAUCGCAAAGAUGACCCAACUUCUUUCAGGCUCGACAAGAACUUUACCCUUUAUCCUCAGUUCAUGUUCCAUCUUCGACGAUCGCAGUUCUUGCAAGUUUUCAAUAAUUCUCCCGACGAGACAGCAUUCUACCGACACGUUCUGAAUCACGAAUAUGUUGGUGAUUCCUUGAUCAUGAUACAGCCUACACUUGAUUCAUACAGCUUAGAUCAAGAAGGCAGUGUACCAGUCCUACUGGAUUCGGCAUCCAUUCAGCCGAACACGAUAUUGCUUCUGGAUACCUUUUUCCAAAUCUUGAUCUUCCAUGGUGAAACGAUGGCAGAAUGGAGAAAAGCAGGUUACCAAGAUCAAGCUGGUUAUGAGAACUUUAAGGCUGUGCUCGAUGCCCCGAAAGAGGAUGCAAGAGAACUGGUUCAGGACAGGUUUCCACUUCCAAGAUUUAUCAUCUGUGACGCUGGUGGUUCGCAAGCUCGAUUUUUACUGUCGAAGCUCAACCCGUCGACUACUCAUGCGACUGGCGGCUACGGUGGCGUGUCGCAAACCGCCCAGACGAUAUUUACUGACGAUGUUUCAUUGCAAACGUUCAUGGACCAUCUCAUGAAACUUGCUGUGUCAGGAUCGAGCUAG